UCCGCCGGAACAGUCGCAAGGAUAUGCACCUUGUUCCUUUGCUUUGUCAUGGACACCAGUGUUCGAGCAAGUUACACAGGGACGCGUCACAUCAUGUGGAUCCUGUCAUUGUGACUGUAUCUGCCAUGAACACAGUACUGUUUGGGAAAGCUACAAGCAGCUGGAGAGACACAGGAUCAGCCUAUUCACAGACUCAGUAUCCUGCUCUGUAUGUUGGGGUUUAUUUUGGCCAUCACAGUCAGCGUGCUGGACAAAGUGGGCAUGAAGCAGCUUGGCUUGGAUGGGGUUAUCCAGCAAGAGUCCAAGAAAGUGGCGAGUCUGUGGCCAUCCAUACCCUUUGUGGUUCCCCAGGCAACGUUAGGGACAGCUAUGGGGCUUGCAACCUCUGUGCAGAUGAUUGGAAUUGGCCUCUCCAAUCUGAUCGUUGGACACAUUCUGGGAACCAAGUCCAGGGUGAGACACUGAACAGAGCAACAAAGCAACCAUCUGCAGAACAGGAGGUCAGGGAGCCUGUAGACACAGCACCACUCCUGGAUGAAGUGGGAGGAGAUGAAGGGUUCAUCAACGAAGAAGCACCAGGAUGCCCUAUUUUGGAUCCUACAGUGACAGUACAACUACAACGGGUUGCUGGCACAGUAUUGUCCCUCUUUAUUUCCAAUUGUAUGCUUUUAAGGAAUACAUUGUAAUAUUUUUAGGGGUGUUUUUGUUUUUUACAAGGAUAACCUUAUUCAGUCAUCCAUGAAAACAAGCUGGUGUAUGAAGGGAAUUAUGCAUAUGAAGGGAAAGUUGUUUUGUUCCUUGUGUCUGGAACAAAUCAGCCAUAUGGUACAUUAAGCCAAUGAUGAAGCUUACGUAGUGCACUUUUUGAAAUGGACUACACUACAAUGUUUAGAGUCUAAACUCAAUCCACCUGAAGUUUGUUCUAAGCAACUAUAUACCAUCUUCUAAUUCACCUUAAUUCAUCAUUAUAAAUGUGUCAAUAUAAGGUAUUUCAUUAAAAUAAUCACUGCACCUUCACAGAAAGCUCCUCACACAGUGGCGUGAAUGGGUUGAGGAGCCUUCCAUUUCAAGAAUUGUUGUCGAUUGUCAAUGUCCUGUCACAAAUUUAUUGUGUGUGUAAAUAAGUUUGCCAUUUUGUAAUGGCAGAGGCUGCUGGGAUUGUUUUUACUUAUUUUAAAUUGGCAAGACCAAUUAUAUGAAAACUAGCCAAACCUUUUGCUUAACACUCCCACAAGCUGCAUUACUCAGAUACAGAGAUGUUACCUUCAAAUGGUAUGAAACGGUUGAUCGAAAAUAGUAAAUAAACCCCUUAAAACCUGAA